AUGCUGGUGGUCCUGCUCGCAGCGGCCUUGCUGGCCCUGAGCUCCGCCUGGAGCCCACGUGAAGCAUUUAAUUGUGUCAGGUGCCCUAAAGUUACAAACAUUCCCAUCCUUAAUACUGGGUACGUUAAGCAGGGGAGGACUAACAGUGUGAACAACCAAGAGGAUUCCCACAAAGACCACCUCAUCAUGGGAACCCAGGUAAUGGCCCUCACCAAGGCCCACCCCAGCAGGGAGGCCAGCAGCAAGGACCCCAACCUCCUCGUCCUGGAAACCAGCAAGGCCCACCCCAGCAGGGAGGCCCUCAGCAGGGAGGCCCCCAACCUCCUCAUCCUGGAAACCAGCAAGGCCCACCCCAGCAGGGAGGCCCGCAACAGGGACCCCAACCUCCUCGUCCUGGAAACCAGCAAGGCCCUCCCCAGCACGGAGGCCCACAGCAGAGACCCCAACCUCCUCGUCCUGGAAACCAGCAAGGUCCACCCCAGCAAGGAGGCCCACAGCAGAGACCCCAACCUCCUCGUCCUGGAAACCAGCAAGGUCCACCCCAGCACGGAGGCCCGCAGCAGAGACCCCAACCUCCUCGUCCUGGAAACCAGCAAGGCCCACCCCAGCAGGGAGGCCCGCAGCAGGGACCCCAACCUCCUCGUCCUGGAAACCAGCAAGGCCCACCCCAGCAGGGAGGCCCGCAGCAGGGACCCCAACCUCCUCGUCCUGGAAACCAGCAAGGCCCACCCCAGCAGGGAGGUCCGCAGCAGGGACCCCAACCUCCUCGUCCUGGAAACCAGCAAGGCCCACCCCAGCAGGGAGGCCCGCAGCAGGGACCCCAACCUCCUCGUCCUGGAAACCAGCAAGGCCCACCCCAGCAGGGAGGCCCGCAGCAGGGACCCCAACCUCCUCGUCCUGGAAACCAGCAAGGCCCACCCCAGCAGGGAGGCCCGCAGCAGGGACCCCAACCUCCUCGUCCUGGAAACCAGCAAGGCCCACCCCAGCAGGGAGGCCCGCAGCAGGGACUCCAACCUCCUCGUCCUGGAAACCAGCAAGGCCCACCCCAGCAGGGAGGCCCGCAGCAGGGACCCCAACCUCCUCGUCCUGGAAACCAGCAAGGCCCACCCCAGCAGGGAGGCCCGCAGCAGGGACCUCCACAAGGGCAAACUCCUCAGUAAUCUCCGACACAAUGACAGAAAUCCUCAGAGUUUUGCAAGAUCCAGCUCAAGUAGCAGCACAGGUCCAGGGCAGAGUAUCACAGCGGGGAGUGAGCAGAAAGAAGACGGGAGGAGAGGAAAGGGAGGAGAGAGGAGCUACUCGAUGCCUCACCUCAGUGGUUACAAGGGAUUUGAAACCCCUGCCCUGGCUGCUCAUCCUUUUAACCUUUGUUAUUUGUUUAUUUCAGAAAAUACAUAA